CUCUUUCUCUUCCUCCCGCGUAAGGACAAGAGAAUAUAGCCGUGACUGUCCGUGCAAAUGCUAAUACUACUUCAAGUUCAACCAUGGCUCAGCUUCGAUUAGGGUUUUAGGGUUUUAUGCUCCGUAUUCAAAUAUAUUCGGGUCGGGUCUUACAGUAUCCGAUUCAGGGAGCGGUAGCGAGAGAUGAAGCGCAGGAGCGAGCUCAAUCCCUCGGCUAAGCAAGUGAAGUAUUUCUUGAUUGCUUUGAUUGCGUGCUUGGGAUUGGUGUGUUUAUACUACGGUUCGUCUUUUGCUCCGGGAUCUCGGAGGUCCGACGAAGAAUCCUCCGCUUCCGAUGGAACUGACCCGGUUUAUGGGGGAUUCGCUCGGAAUCGGGAUUUCGAUGAGUUGCAUGAAGAUCAAGAGCAUAAUCCUGAAAUUCCCAAAAGUAUACCGAUAUGUGAUAUGAAGUUUUCGGAAUUGAUACCUUGUUUAGACAGAAACCUUAUAUACCAGUUGAAAUUGAAGCCCAAUUUGGCUUUAAUGGAGCACUAUGAACGGCAUUGUCCGCCUCCGGAACGUCGUUAUAAUUGCUUAAUACCACCCCCACUGGGUUAUAAGAUACCUAUAAGGUGGCCAGCAAGUAGAGAUGAAGUGUGGAAGGCAAACAUCCCCCACACACAUCUUGCACAGGAGAAGUCAGAUCAGAAUUGGAUGGUUGUCAAUGGAGACAAGAUUAAUUUUCCGGGUGGGGGGACUCAUUUCCACAAUGGAGCUGAUAAAUACAUUGUUUCUCUAGCUAGAAUGCUAAAAUUUCCUGAUGAUAAACUCAACAAUGCCGGAAAUAUCAGAAAUGUUUUUGAUGUGGGUUGUGGAGUUGCAAGUUUUGGGGCCUAUUUACUUUCUCACAACAUCAUAGCUAUGUCCCUAGCGCCUAAUGAUGUGCAUGAGAAUCAAAUUCAGUUUGCACUAGAGAGGGGGAUUCCUGCUACUCUAGGUAUCUUGGCUACAAAAAGGCUUCCGUAUCCAAGCAGGUCAUUUGAACUGGCUCAUUGUUCCCGAUGCCGUAUUGAUUGGCUGCAAAGAGGGGGAAUCCUUUUAUUAGAACUUGAUAGGUUACUAAGACCAGGAGGAUAUUUUGUGUAUUCUUCUCCUGAAGCAUACGCAAUGGAUCCUGAAAAUAGAAGGAUUUGGAAUGCAAUGUAUGAUCUUUUGAAGAAAAUGUGUUGGAGAGUUGUUACAAAGAAAGAGCAGAGUGUUAUAUGGGCUAAGCCACUUUCAAAUAGUUGUUAUUCGAAGAGAGAUCCUGGAACAUAUCCCCCAUUAUGUGGUACGGAUGAUGAUCCAGAUGUAACCUGGAAUGUGAGCAUGAAGCCUUGUAUUUCUCGAUACUCCUCAAAAAUGCACAAGGUAAAAGGGAGUGGAUUAGUUCCUUGGCCUCAAAGGCUUACUGCAGCACCUCCUCGCCUGGAAGAGUUAGGUGUCAGUCCUGAAGAAUUCUCAGAAGACACUAGCAUAUGGCAUUUUCGAGUCGUUGAGUACUGGAAGCAAAUGAAAUCAGUGAUGCAGAGGAACUCCAUCAGAAAUGUCAUGGAUAUGAACUCAAACCUUGGUGGGUUUGCUGCUGGCUUAAGUGAUAGAGAUGUCUGGGUGAUGAAUGUUGCCCCUGUCCAUUCGUCUACAAGGUUGAAGAUUAUAUAUGACCGAGGAUUAAUUGGAACUGUACAUGACUGGUGUGAAUCAUUUUCGACAUACCCACGUACAUACGAUCUUCUACACGCGUGGGCAGUAUUUUCAGAGAUUAGUGAGCGUGGAUGUAGUAUGGAGGAUUUAUUGAUAGAAAUGGAUCGGAUUCUACGACCAAAUGGGUUUGUAAUCAUAAGAGAUAAUCCUUCUAUUAUAAAUUAUAUCCGGAAAUUUGUCACUGCACUAAGGUGGGAUGGUUGGAUAUCCGAAGUAGAACCAAGGAUUGAUGCUCUGUCCUCGAGUGAAGAAAGAGUUUUGAUUGCUAGAAAAAAGUUGUGGGAUGAGGACCUGAUGCUAAUGUGAUAAGGUAAAACAUAUUCCCCAUCAAUAUGUGGUACAUCAAAAUUUCACCUUUUUUCCUAGAGAUUUUUUCUACUGUAGUUGAUGGUGUUUGCUGAUGUUACUUGUGUUCUAAGGUAUCUGGUGUGCCCCGGUAGGAGUCUUCGCUUAGGUUCGGCAUGUUAUGUUUUUAGCUGGUAGACGAGAAUAUACAACUUAUAGAGGCUCAGAGAUGGAAAUGCUUAUGGUAUGUGAGACUUAAUAGAGAUGCAGCUGUGUAUACAUCAAAACAAGAAGUGAAUUAUAGCUAUAAGCUAUUGCAUAACUUGUAGGGAUUCUUUUGUGGUUUUGUAUAUGUACUAGUUGCAUUAUUUUUUAACUAAUAUAAAUCACAAGUUAUUGGGAAAUGUAUGCAUAAAGUUAUGGUUAAUCUUGUAAUUUCUUGUCUUUUAAUGCUUAAUUUAUUGGGAAAUAUAUGCAUAAAGAAAUGGUUAGUAUUGUAAUUUUUUGUCUUGUAAUGCUUAAUUUAUAAUUUAUUCUA